UAACCGAUCUACCUAUGAAAUUCUUCUCUGUAUUUUGUGAAACGAUCAAAAGCUGAAACUAAUAAUGGUGCACAAUGCCUACGAUUCCUUUGAGCUCCUCACAAAUUCCCCUGACAAAAUUGACGCAAUCGAAUCCUACGGUUCAAAACUUCUGGUUGCUUGCUCCGAUGGAGCUCUCAGAAUCUACGCUCCAGAAUCCACAAUCUCCGACAAAUCUCCACCGCUUGAUUACCAUAACCACGGUGAUCAACUUCGAAAGGAACCGUACGCACUGGAGAGAACCGUAAACGGAUUCUCUAAAAAGCCGAUUCUGUCAAUGAAAGUAUUGGCUUCAAGGGAACUGCUUCUAUCGCUCUCUGAGUCUAUCGCGUUUCAUAGAUUGCCUAAUUUGGAGACUGUAGCGGUGCUUACUAAAGCUAAAGGUGCUAAUGUGUUUGAUUGGGAUGAUAAGCGAGGGUUUUUGUGCUUCGCCAGGCAAAAGAGAGUCUGUAUUUUUAGACAUGACGGAGGAAGGGGAUUUGUGGAGGUGAAAGAUUUUGGAGUUUCAGAUACAGUGAGGUCAAUGUCAUGGUGUGGUGAGAACAUUUGUAUGGGGAUUAGAAAGGAAUAUUGGAUAUUGAAUGCAACAAAUGGUGCACUGAGUCAGGUUUUUCCUUCUGGAAGACUAGCUCCUCCAUUAGUGGUAUCUCUUCCUUCCAGGGAGCUUCUUCUUUGGAAGGAUAACAUUGGAGUCUUUGUGGACCAAAAUGGCAAGCAUCUCCAAGCAGAGAAAUUAUGUUGGUCAGAGGCCCCUUCUGUUGUUGUCAUUCAGAAGUCCUAUGCAGUUGCUCUGCUUCCAAGACGGAUUGAGAUCCGGUCUCUCCGAGUUCCAUAUUCAUUGAUACAAGCUGUUGUUCUUCAAAAUGUUCGCCAUCUUAUUGAAAGCAACAAUGCAAUAAUUGUUGCAUUAAGCAAUUCUGUUUGUGCGCUGUUCCCUGUUCCUCUUGGGGCACAGAUUGUACAAUUGACAGCAUCUGGAAAUUUUGAGGAAGCUUUGGCCUUGUGCAAGCUGCUUCCACCAGAAGAUUCAAACCUUCGAGCUGCUAAGGAGGGGUCAAUUCACAUAAGAUACGCUCAUUAUCUUUUUGAUAAUGGGAGCUACGAGGAGGCUAUGGAACAGUUUUUAGCAUCCCAAGUUGAUAUCACCUACGUGCUUUCUUUAUAUCCAUCUGUUGUUCUUCCCAAAACAUCUAUGGUUCCAGAACCUGAGAAGCUAAUUGACAUGUCUCCAGAUGUUCCAUAUCUCUCAAGAGGUUCCUCUGGGUUGUCUGAUGAUAUGGAAUCCUCACCUGAUUUUGAUGAGCAUUCAGCACUUGAAUCCAAGAAGAUGAGCCAUAACACUCUCAAGGCUUUAAUCAAGUACUUGCAGAAAAGAAGAUAUAGCAUAAUUGAAAAGGCCACUGCUGAGGUAACAGACGAGGUUGUUUUAGACGCUGUCGGAGAUAAUUAUGGAGCUUAUGACUCUAGUAGAUUUAAGAAAUCCAGCAAGGGUCGUGGUAACAUUGCCAUUAACUCAGGUGCCAGGGAAAUGGCUGCAAUAUUGGACACAGCUCUUCUUCAGGCUGUUCUUCUUACAGGGCAGAUUUCAGCAGCCUUAGAAUUACUGAAGGGUGUUAACUACUGUGACCUAAAGAUAUGUGAGGAGAUUCUUCAGAAAUGGAAUCAUUAUAGUGCUUUACUAGAACUCUACAAAUGCAAUGGCAUGCACCGUGAAGCUCUUAAACUUCUGCAUCAAUUAGUUGAGGAGUCAAACCAGUUGCAGCCCGAGCUCAACCCCAAGUUCAAGCCUGAGUCUAUUAUUGAAUAUCUCAAGCCUUUGUGCGGGACUGAUCCCAUGCUUGUCUUGGAGUUUUCAAUGCUUGUUCUCGAAAGCUGUCCCACACAAACUAUUGAGCUCCUUUUGUCUGGGAAUAUUCCUGCAGACUUGGUCAACUCUUAUUUGAAGCAGCAUGCUCCAAGCAUGCAAGGCAGAUAUUUAGAACUUAUGCUUGCAAUGGAUGAAAAUGGGAUCUCUGGAAACCUGCAAAAUGAAAUGGUGCAAAUCUAUCUCUUGGAAGUGCUUGAUUGGCAUGCAGAGUUGAAUGCUCAAGAAAAAUGGGAUGAAAAGGCUUAUUCGCCAUCGCGGAAGAAGUUAUUGUCUGCUUUGGAGAGCAUCUCAGGGUAUAACCCAGAGUCUUUGUUGAAAUGUCUUCCAGCAGAUGCAUUAUUUGAAGAGCGUGCACUUUUGUUGGGCAAAAUGAACCAACAUGAGCUUGCCUUAUCUCUAUAUGUUCACAAGCUUCAUGUUCCUGAUCUGGCAUUAUCCUACUGUGACCGUGUCUACGAGUCUGCUGCUCAUCCACCAUCUGUAAAAUCAUCUGGCAAUAUGUACCUAACUCUCUUGCAAAUUUACCUCAAUCCCCAGAAGACAACCAAGAAUUUUGAAAAGCGAAUAACAAAUCUAUUAUCCCCACAGAAUACUAACAUUCCCAAGAUAAGUUCUGGGACCCUAGUUAAAGCUAAAGGAGGUCGUGCUACAAAGAAAAUUGCUGCCAUAGAGGGUGCAGAAGACAUACGAGUCAGUCUUAGUGGCACUGACAGUAGCAGGAGUGAUGGAGAUACAGAUGAAUUUGGUGAGGAAGGGGGUUCUACUAUUAUGCUUGAUGAGGUCCUCGAUCUGUUGAGCAAAAGAUGGGACAGAAUCAAUGGAGCUCAGGCCCUCAAACUCUUACCAAAAGAAACUAAAUUACAGAACUUGCUUCCCUUUCUUGGACCUCUUCUGAAAAAAUCCAGUGAAACAUGCAGGAAUCUCUCAGUAAUCAAAAGCUUGAGGCAGAGUGAGAACCUUCAGGUGAAGGAUGAAAUGUAUAACCGUAGGAAAACAGUAGUCAAGGUUACCAGUGAUACUACAUGUGCGCUUUGCAACAAGAAAAUCGGGACGAGUGUUUUUGCGGUCUACCCCAAUGGUCAAGCAAUUGUUCACUUUGUUUGCUUUAAGGAUUCGCAGAGUAUGAAAGCUGUGUCUAAGGGCUCAGCUCUAAGGAAGAGAUGAGGUAUUUUUUCAGUGGCUAAAUAAAAUAUUCCUUUUCGACCGAAGCUUGGGAAUGACAGUUUCUUUUGAUCAGUUUGAGCACAUCUAAACUUAUUGUUGGUCUUCUCCUGCCCGUGAUUUGAAACUGCAAUGGUUCAGGUGAUUGGACGGUGACUUGUCAUCCGGUUGGUAAUAUUUUAUGUCGUGAAUGUAGGUAAGUGUAGAUGUGCGGCGGCUUGCAAUUCAAAGGGCUUGAGAUGAUUCAUAUUUAUUGACUGGAGUAUUGUGAUUUACUGAGGGUGUCUUCUUGUGAAAAAGCUUGUGAAAAUUGCCGCAUAAUAUUUCUAUUUGUUGGCGAGAGGCAUGAGACCAUGUAAAGAUAUAUCUCCCCAUCACCUGAAACAUGGUAGCGUCGUGUGACUUCACUCUGACAGUGAUGUAUUUGUUGAAUGAUCUGUUUUUGUUUCUUUCUUCACGCCUUCGUCUGGGAGUUUUGCUUUGAUAAGGGGAGACAAUAUGAUAAUGAUAGCAUCGUGUAAUUUUCC